GCAGAUUUCAGCAAGGAAAUACCAGCAAGAGAAAGUCAACAUGUUAUGCUUUCCUUUUCUUCGAUUUAGGAAAAAACAGCAUCAAAAAGCAGCAAUACCUACAGAAAGCAACUCAACUCCAAAUAACAGUCCUCAACUUGUUACUGCAGUAAAGCUAGCAAGUCAAGAAAAAAACCAGCAUAAGGCCUUAUUUAACCGUUCUGAGACAAGUAAAAGAAUAGAUUUGGUAAACAAGAAAGGGGUCCCGGAAAAAACGUAUGAGAAAGUUGCCACGAUCACCAAGAAGCCAAUAAAGAAUGGCUUAUCACCCAACAAAACAAACCCAGAUAACAAACCCAGGUCCAAUAAGUUGAAUACCAAAGGGAACGUAGCAAGUCUCUCUCAAAGUACAUCUGAGGAGGAUGAAGAGAUCUACUCUAGAGCAGAUAUAAAAAGCUCAGGGAGGAAAAAUGCAGUAAGAACAGAAAAGGGUGAAAGAACUGAGAUGCCCCUGUAUAGCAACGAAAAAAUGGAAGAUACAGACAAAAUGUUUCUAUCACAUUUGGAUGAGGACAUUGCCACGUUGUCAGAGAAACUGUUCAAUCAAGGGCUUGAUCUUGGUGUGACAGAUCUCUGUGCAUUCAAUUCCAGUGAAUUGCUGAUUCAUACUUUGGUUGGGAAUACCAAAGAGUUCCCCGUUGAAGCAAAUUUGCAAAGUGCAGUGAAGGAAUUUGCAAUAGAAAAUAGACAGGAAGAAGAAAUGAAGAUGAUCUUGCAUGAACAUGAAAGUAAGAAAGAAAAGAAGAAAGAACCGUUCUCACCAGAUCUGUACAACAAUACUUACAACCUGUAUAAUGAUCUGUUGCUGAUGACCCCAUUAUGCAAUACAAAGACUGCUCCUUAUGCAUUCAGGUCCAAUAAGUUGAAGACUAAUGGGAACCUAGUAAGUUUGACUCAAAGUACAUACGAGGAGGACUACUUGAGAGCAAAAAUCUCACGGAGGAAAAAUGCAGUGAUAACAGAAAAUGGUGAAAGAACUAUGAAAACCUUGUAUAGCAAAGAAAAUUUAGAAGAUAUAAACAAAAUGAUCCUUUUACAAGUGGAUGAGGAUAUUGCAAAGUUUUCAGAAAACCUGGUGAAUCCAUGGCUUGAACUCUGUGUAACCGAGACAGAUUAUACAUUCAGUUCCAAUAGGACACUGUCCAAGAUCACAAGCAAUCUACUGCCCAGUUGUAGUUUGCCUAAUUUUGAUAGCAACUGCUACAUAAACGCGAGUCUGCAGUGUCUCUUCACAGCUGAGACUUUCUGUAAAGAGCUCUCCGACCUGCUGGAAAAUGCAUCCCCCCACAUAGAUGACAAGUUCAGUAGAAGUUUUGUGAAGCUGUCAAAGUUAAGAAGCAGCUCUGAACUUCAAAGCAACGAUAAUGUCAAUUCUCUCCUCAUGGACCUGAUUACGUCUGCUGCACAAGUCAACCCAGAAUUCACUUUCUUUCAAGAGAAUGAUGCCCAUGAAUUCCUCUGCCACUGUCUUACCCAACUAAAGGAGUCUGUACAAAGGCUGCGUUUACAAAAGAAUGUGAUGACUAGAUGCCCAGUGGGGUCUAAUUUCUUUUUCAAGAUGAGGAACAUUAUAAGCUGCUCCAGCUGUGAAUUCACGAGGAGCAAAGUGGAGGUGUUUAAUCAUAUUUCUGUACCCCCAAAUCACAACUCAUUGGAAAAGUGCUUCCAUGACUUACUCAAUACCCAAACAGUGUUGGAGAGCAAUUGUGAGAAAUGUGGAGGAAAAUCUGCCACCUCCUUGUGGGUGCUCCACACUCUGCCCAGGUUUCUGAUUCUGCAUCUGAACAGAUUCAAAGUAACACAAAGUGGCACAAUCAGCAAACUGACUACAAAAGUGGAGAUCCCUCCUGAGCUGCUGAUAAGCCGCCAUUCGCAGUUAGAUGCGCCCAAAAAUGAGAACAGCAGUGAUGAGGCCAGUGAGACAGACCAAAAUGAAUUGGUGGAAAACAAUAUUCAAGAUGAAGGUAAAUCAUCCUAUCGACUGAUCAGUUUCAUCAGUCAUAUUGGGAGGACACAGUUUUCUGGACAUUAUGUAGCUGACUGUUUCACUAAGAACUCUGACCUGUGGAUGUCCUGUAAUGAUGAAAUCAUCACUCUGGUGAACAAGACGGACUUAUUGGAGCUGGGGUUGAGUAGCGCUUAUGUGCUUUUAUAUGAGAGAGUCAGCACAGAUGGGAACCCAGCUUAAUAAAUACAAAGUCUUUAUUUGUACUAUUUUUGU